AAUGACAAAGUAAUUGAAAGACUAAUACAAAAGGAAAGACCGUAGUGUGCAUUUGGUGGAAAAAUACAAAACUGAUUUUAACAAAAGCAUUAAAUCUCUGCAGACUGAAAUGAAGAAUGAAGUGAAAAAACGAUUAGAUCUGGCUAUUGAGAUGAAGAAAAACACUUCAAAAUUAGAGGAGAUACACAGUAAGCAAGCUGCAAUGGUCAAAUGCCAAGUUCUGCAAUUACUUCAAAAGUACAAAGAUCGCAAUGAUGAAGUGUCUGACGAGGAUCUCAAAGCCGAUUUUGAAAGAAUGUGGAGAAGAGAGGUUGCAAACUUCUCUGGUCUAAAAGAACGGGAUGUGUCCGCUGAUGUUUUGAAGCAAUUGCGAGCAAGCCUAGGAAAUCGCCAAGUCAAUGAGGACUUGCAGAAUGUUACAAAUUUGACACAUUAUGGUCAAGAAGUUUUCAAAGCCAGCUCAAAACAUAUAAAUGUGGGAAAAGGUCAUUUUCAGGCUAUAAAGAAUUUAAUUACAAAAAAGACUACAAAGCAUGCUCUACAGAUUAUUGCAGAUGAUGCCAUUAAGUAGGAUGAUUGAACGGUGUUCACAUUCCAAAAGUGAUUACCAAGAAACAUUUACAAAAGAUGUCAUUGAUGAAAUUGAUGCAAACCACGAAAAAGGAAAUAACAAAUACAAUACUACAUUUGAAAUUGAGCUUAAAUUGCACAUUUGUGUAAUUGCCUCUCGGACAUUCCUUGAGAUGCACAUGAAGUAUCUCUCUGAGCAAGAUCCUGUCAAGCAUUUACAGAAACUUAAGAAUCAAUAUCUCUCUAGUUUUAUUGAUUUGUACAGAGAGAGGGAUCAGUGUGAAAAGAAAGUACAAAACUUUACUCAACUCUGUUUCAUACCAGCAGUGACUGAGUACAUCGACCAGUCCAUCGGACCUGACAUUGUUGAUGCAGUUUUGGAGAAUAAAUCUACUGCGUAUAGUUCACGAUCACUAUUUCAGUACACCAUUCAGAAGGAACUGCUGGAAAAAUCAAAUUUCAAAGAAUUUACAGUGUACAUUUUACAUUAUAAGAAUUACGUGAAAGACUGGAUAUACAAUCACAUUGUUGGAUGCUUUUCCAAAGACUUAUCUCUGCAAAAAUUAAAAAUGAAGAAGCUGGAAAUCAUAAUAAAAAAGAUCACCGAAGCAGUGGAAACUUGUAAGCUUGAAGCCAGUGGCUCUCCUUUGUCUAAUGAUGCAAAAAGUACCACAAAAUUAAUCCGAAAGCUUUGCAAAACUAUGAGGGAUGUCAUAGCAAUACCCAUGACUACAGUGGACAAUGUCCUGUUUCAGAACACAAGCUGUUGUGAUCCAUUCACCAAAAGUCUCUGUGAAUGUAUCGAUGACCUGAAACAGCAAAUAUCAAAGGAGAUCUCGGAGUCAACUGAUAUCAAAGAGACACUGGAAAAUGUGUCAGUAAAACCCAAGGAUGAUCUGUACAUCUAG